CAGUUAUUGUCAGAGAAACCCAACAAGGCAUAGUGUUAUAACUGAGUCCUUGAUCUCCUUUUUCUUUGAAAUCCUAAAAGCAAAGGAGGAUAACGACGUAAGUCCGAAACAGUCAUGUUCGGCGGUGAAGACGAGGACGGGGAUUUUUUGUCUCCCACUGGAGGUGCCAACCUGGCCUCCUUGUUCGGACUGGACCAAGCAACCAGCCAGGGUAACGAGUCGUUUCAGUACACAGCACCUAAACAGCCCAGAAAGAGCUCCAAUCCAGUAGCGCCUGCCCAGAAACCAGCACCAGCCCCCGGAGCUCCCACAGUGUUAAAUGCCUCAGCAGUCCAGGCUUUCAGAUAUAUUAAUGGACAGUAUGUGAAGCAAGGAAAGCUGGGAGCAGCAGUCUUGGGCAACCACACAACAAAAGAGUAUAAGAUGUUGCUGUACAUGGGCCAGCAGAAACAAGUCACCACUGCCAGGAUUAAUCUGGGCUUUGUUUUCACGGUACAGCUCAACAACUACUGCACUUUUUAUGAUGACCAGCGUCAGAACUGGUCCCUUAUGUUUGAAACAGAGAAAGGUGCGGUCAGCUUCUGCAAAGAGGUGUGUUUGGCAAAAGCGAACAGUGCCCCCUCCUUAGAGUCUGUGGUGGUUCAAGAACUGGGUCUGGGGGAGGGACAAGCAGUGGAGAGCGGAGACUCCCUGGAGGUGGCAUACACAGGCUGGCUCCUGCAGAACCAUGCAAUUGGACAGUUGUUUGACUCCAACCUGAACAAAGACAAGCUGCUGCGGCUGAAACUCGGGGCUGGAAAAGUCAUAAAGGGCUGGGAGGAGGGGAUGCAGGGGAUGAAGAAGGCAGGCCGCCGUCUCAUGGUAAUCCCACCGAGCCUGGCCUACAGCUCCAAGGGAGUGGCCAACCAUAUUCCACCAAACAGCACGCUGGUCUUUGAGGUGGAGCUUCGAAGGGUGAAGUUCGCUCGGGACAGCGGUUCUGAUAAAGCCAGCAGCAGCUCCAGGGACUCUGCCGCCCCUUCCCCAGCUCCCUCCCCUGCCCCAAGCAUGGAGAAUCUGGCCCCAGAGCCUCCAGCUCAAAUAAUUGCCUCGGGCCCAGGCAGACCAGGGGAACCACCGCUUCGUGGAAAGUCAAACUCUCUCAACGAACAGUUAGCAAAUCCAGACGCCACCAAAGCAAAGCUGAUUUCCCGCAUGGCAAAGAUGGGUCAACCCAUGCUGCCUUUCCUCACAGGGGUGGCCAAUCAGCCAGACUCGAGUGACUCUGAAUUGGAGGACACCAGCCUAUCCAGAGCAAAGGAGAGACCUGCUGCUCCAUCUCCUGUGCAGCCCUCCACUGCUGCCCCGGGCCCAGCACAAGUGCUUUCUCAUGCUCACACGGUGCCGCCCUCUGCCUUACUACCUGUUGCUAUGACCACCAUUGCGACACAACCCGGGCUGCCAGGAACCAACCACGCCUUUCAGCCUUACCCCUACACGCAGACAUCCAUGGCUCCCCCUCAGCUGCAGUCUGUGGGCCAGGUGUACUCCGCACAGACGGUACCAUACAUGGGCUCAGGUGAUGUCACUUCCUUCUUGAUGACAGAGGCCCGGCAGCACAACACGGAAAUCAGAUUGGCCGUUGGAAAAGUCGCAGAUAAAGUGGACCAGUUGGCCUCAAAGGUUGACGACCUCCAACGGCAGGGGAGUGUCUCGAUGGGCCUGACGAGUAUGUCAAUGGAAACUUCCAUGAUCAUGCACAACAUUCAAAGAAUCGUACAGGAAAAUGAGUGUUUGAAGAACGAAGUCUUUGAGAAGAGCUCUCGUAUCGAGGAGCAAAACCGUAAGAUCGGGGAGCUCAUUGCACAGAACCAGAGGUACAUGGAGCAGAGCAACCUGCGGCUGGAGCAGAGGAGCGACUCUCUGAAGUCCUCCAGCGAGCAGAUUCAGACACGGCUGCUGAAGGCUGAGCAAGAUAAGGUGCACCUGGCGGAUGAGCUGGCUUCGUCCACUGCGCGGGUGUCUCAGCUGCAGCUGGAGGCCACCUCCCACCAGCAGAGGGCCUUGGAGCUACAGAGUAAACUGGCCUCGGCACUGCAAGACGGCGAGACCCAGGGCACACGCAUCACUACCCUUGAAGUGCAACUGGAAGAGCUGAAGCAGACAGCGGAGUAUGCCCACAGCCAGUACCGCAUCGAGAAACAGAAGCGCAAAGAGAUGGAGCUCCGAGCCAACACUAUGGAGGAGGAAGUGCAGGACCUGAAGACAGAUAAAGAAAGUCUGGAAAGAACCGUGCAGGACAGGAAGAGGAAAUGGCAGGCAGAGCGUCAGAGUCGAGACGAGGAGGUGGAGGAGCUGCGCAGGAGCAGCCAGCAGGAACUGGACAAUGUCCGAGCUCAGCUUCGCAAGGCCAGAACCAUCACUGGCAAUGUUGCAUCUGAACAGCUUUCUCAGCUGCAGGUGGAACUGGAGGAGGAGUGGAAGGGGAAGUGUGAGCAGGCGCUGACCAUGGCCAAGGAACAGCACAGCCGACAGAUGGCUGAGCUGCUGGAACAGAAGGACACUCUGGAGCACAAGCUGACCGUGCUACAAGAAAAGUUCACGGCAUUGAAGCAGUCAAGAGAGUCGGAGGAACAAGCUUCUUUGCAACAGCAAGAACAGAAUCAGGAACUGUCUGUCCUACAGGAAAAGUACGCAGCCUUGGAGAAGCAGUCGGCAGCUGUGAAAGAGAAGCUGGAAGGUCAAGUGUCCGAACUGGAACGGAAUCUGGCAGAGCAGUGCCCAGGAGACAUUGCAGGAGAGGUGAAGCGUGUGAUGAAUGGGGUCUUCCAUUCUCUGCGAGGGGAGUUUGACCUUAAUGAGUACUAUACUGGCCAGGCUGUACUGGGGGCGAUUGUCAGCACCAUUAAGAAUGUCACUCUUCAGCUGCUGAAAGGCCGAGAAAGACCCUCAGUGCAGCAGAGCAAGACAGAGGAGCAGGAGGAGGAGGAGGAGGAUGAAGAAAGUGAUGUAAAAGAGAGAGAGGAGAGACCGACACCGACUGUGCAUGUGAAUGGAGAGAAGAAAGAGGAAGUGGAGGAACAGCCAGCAGGAUCAGAGCCUUGUAAACCAAGAGAUGCCUGGACAGAUGUACAUUGCAAAGAUGUGCAGGACAAAGCCAAACAGGAAGUGGCCACGGUAAAAGAGAAGCCACUCAUAGUGGAGUCAAUGACACACAGUCAGUCAGAAUCCACUACACAGUCCCGUCCACUUCCCACCACGCAGUCAGAACCACAGGGCUUAGCAGGAACAGACUUGAAGGGGGAACAGGAACAGAAAGCGUGUUCUGUUACGGAAACGUCUGGACAGCAGCAGGGGGAACACAGCUCUGAGUCCUCAGAGCCGGCUAACGGUCAGCCAGAGGAGAGUUCGUCCUUGGCGGCAGGACAGGAAAUCCAGUCAGAGGCUAACACUGCAGCUAGCUCAGUGGUAGACAAGGAGAGCAAGGACACCAAGGAACCCUUGGAUGAGACGAACAUGAAAACUCGUGAAUUCACUGGGCCCCCGACCAACCCCCCACCCCCACCAAACUCACUGCCACAUAGCACAGGCGAAGUCACAUGUGUGACUGAGGGGGUAGUUGAGGAAAAUGGAGAGGAGCCAUUUUUCCAGAGCACAACUCUGACCAAAGCUCCACCACUGCCUACUGAGGAGGAGGAGGAGGAUGAGCUGAGCUUGAAGGGGCAUCCUCCCCCUGCCCCUCUGUUCGGUGAAGAUGAUGAUGAUGAAGAUGACCUGGACUGGCUGAGCUGAGAAGCAACGACAAUGAUAAAAAGCUAAAGUCUUAAUUUUCAGCAAGGCGGAGCCCCUCUUCCAAGAUGAGACAGAAAGGGUGUAUGGCGUAGCGUAUACUAGCAGUCUGUGGCGUCGCUGUCUUUUCCCUACUCAAGACCCACGACAAGGCUUUCCUGAUGGACUGCGUCUGACAGGCAGUCACAGACCCUAGCUGUGCACACUCAAUUGACAUUCUGACCUAAAAGUACCACUGUGUGGAGGAGGACCUUCGAAAUCACAAAAUGAAAUUGGCCACAGUAAACCUGUUGCCCCCAGUGGUAUCAAAAUCCUGCAUUUUUUCAACUUUUAAUUUUGUGAUUUUUUUUCCUGGCCUCACAAAAUCUGAAUUUAUCAUACCGGUUUUCAAACAAUACUGUACCAGAUUAUGUUUAGCCUAUUGAUUCACAUGCCCUCCCUUUUUUGCCAUUAGGGUAAAAAUAAAGUGUUUUUUUUGUGUUGCUAAUGUUUAGCUUGCUGCUUAGAAAACAUGACUUUUACACAAUUUUGCUAAUUGCGUCUCAUUCUGGAAAAUAAAUGACUUUUAUCCUUA